GUGUUGUUUUGUUUUUAUUCCCUUUCGUUUUUCUCGUACUAUCUUCUUCACUGAUUGAAAAUCUGUGCAAGGUUUCAUACUGACUACUGAACAUAUCCGGAAGCGGAUCGACGCAGUUGGUAAAUUUCGCUUCCUCCAGAUAUGGCGACAACAAAUUCCAACAAUGCCACUGACGAUCUGUGGCGUGAAUGCGCUGCCUGGCUGACCCGCUGCAAUAUCAUUCCGACCGAUCAUCGUGCAAACCAUUCCGAUUCUGAUAUCAAAGUACUUGCCACCAUCCUUCGCGAUGGGGUCCUUUUGUGUAAUUUGGCAAAUUUCUUGGACCCGUCGUCGUUCGACAAGAAAGAUUUCAGUAGGAAACCACAAAUGGCUCACUUUCUUUGCAUUCAAAACAUCAAACUGUUCCUGGAUGCAUGCAAAACAAUCUUCGGAUUAAAGGAAGUGGAUUUGUUCGAGCCUACGAUGCUAUACGAUUUAACAAAUUUUCAUCGUGUUUUGUUGACCCUCUCCAAACUGUCCACCUGCAGGAAGGUGCAAACUUCACAUAAUAUACUGGGUUUCACUCCACAUACUGCCCAAGCAGAGAGAACUAGUUUGGAGGAUGAUAUCUACAAAGACUUGCAAGCAAGUACUUCAAAUCCGGUAGAUUAUGGCAGUCACGAUGAGCAUGAUAUGAAGGUAGAGGAAGUUUAUCAGGAUUUGUGCUCGAUACAAAAUGUUGCUCGCAACCAGCUUGCAUCGUCGACCAGUAAUUUAGAACAGCGUGACUUUGUUAUCAAGGAGCUACUGGACACGGAGAAGAAUUAUCUCGAGGCACUAAAUGCGCUCAAGUACGUGUUUAUGACACCGCUGGAAAAGCAUCUCUCCAAAGAGGAAUUACGGGCAAUUUUUCCCUGCAUUAAGGAGCUUGUAGAAAUCCAUACGAAAUUUCUGGACCGAUUACACGAAGCUGUCUCUCCUGGAUCGAAACUAAAGCUCAGCACGACUUUCCUGGAGUUUCGUGAACCAUUUCUCGUCUAUGGCGAAUAUUGCUCGUGCAUGACUAGUGCCGUCGAAACGCUGCGGGAAGUGUGUAAAAAAUCUAGUGCUGUUGAGCAAACUGUUUUGCAUAGUCAAAAAGAACACAGUGAUGGAAGAUUGCAGUUACGUGACAUUCUCUCUGUCCCGAUGCAACGUAUACUAAAGUACCAUUUAUUGCUAGAUAAGCUUGUACAAGAAACAGUGCCAACACAUGAGGAUUUCCGUGGUUUAGAACGUGCCAAAGAAGCGAUGGUCGACGUUGCACAGUAUUCCAACGAAGUCAAACGUGAUUCAGAACAUUUAAUAGUAAUUCAAAAAGUUAAGGAGAGUAUCUCAGAUCUGAAUUUGCCGAACGGCAACAAUCUCGAACAGUACGGUAGAUUACUGCUGGAUGGUGAUCUUAACAUCAAGGCGCAUGAAGAUCAGAAGAUGAAGCAUCGAUAUGCGUUUGUGUUUGAGAAAGUGAUGAUACUAGUGAAGAAUUCAAACACCAAAAUUGGGGAAGCACAGUAUUCUUUCCGCGAGGCCCAUAAUCUGCUCGAUUACAGGAUAGAAAUACUCAACUCGCGGCGCACGUUAGGUCGUGAUGGUCGUUUGAAGUAUUCCCUGUUGUUGGCACGUAAAACUCAAGCGACUGCGUUUACGCUCUACAUGAAGACAGAAGAAGAACGUGAAAAAUGGAAACGAGCUUUUGAUGCGGCAAUGGAAACAUUGGAACCUGUAGGGUGUAAGAAUACUGAUCAUAAGUUUUCGAUUCACACCUUCGACACUCCCGUCAACUGUCGACAUUGUUCCAAAUUUUUGAAGGGAAAAAUACACCAAGGGUAUAGGUGUAAGGUAUGUGAAAUCAUCGUACACAGGGGAUGCAUUUCAUCCACGGGUCGAUGCAAGCAGCUGCAACAAACACCGCCUCCGGUGUGCGACCGUUUGCUGGCCGAAUUUAAUUGGUUCGUUGGUACAAUGAAUCGCGAUUCUGCUACCCAGCGGCUGGAGGGCAAAAAGAUUGGAACCUAUCUGUUACGCGUCCGUCCGCAAGGUGCCUCUCAUGAAAGUGAGACGAUGUAUGCGCUUAGCUUGAAAACCGAUAACAAAAUUAUCAAGCAUAUGAAAAUUUAUCAGAAAAAGGAGUCACAAAACAUGUUUUACUACCUGUCGACGAGACGAUAUUUUAAAACAAUUAUAGAAUUGGUUUCAUUUUACGAGCGCAAUGAUUUGGGAGAAAAUUUCGCUGGUUUAAAUCAGCUUCUUCAAUGGCCUUUCAAAGAGGAGAUCGUCACAGCCGUCUACGAUUUUGCACCGACCGAGUUGAACCAGUUACCAAUGCGAAAAGGUUGUCAAGUGAUCGUUAUUGGUAAAGAAGGGGAUAGCAAGGGUUGGUGGCGUGGGAAAACAUUAGAGAAGGUUGGCUUCUUCCCUAAAGAGUAUGUCCGCGCUGCAGUCGUCGGAGAAGUGUGAAGAAUCGUGCUUCUUUUAUUAAUCGUAUUAUUGUUAAAACAAAAUCUGAUCGUUGUUCAAAACCCGGUAGCUGUUUUUACAUGUAACUAUUAUCGGCAUUGUUAACGAACUUGUCGUAGUCGCAAAGUACAGACAUGUACAAAAAUCAGGCAGUCUAAAUAUUGCUAUUUACAUGCGGUAGUGACUAGUAUUGCUACCCUGCUGAAUAGAACAGUUGUACCAAACUGAAGGUGCAAACCAUUGUAUCUCACAAUGGAGUUUUAAUAUACCGAAAAGCGUAAAGCAGAUAGAAAAACUACAUAAAUUAAUUUUUAUACACAGAUUCGUAGCAAGAGUAGUGUUAUGAAUCUCACCACUUUCCUCUCUAUACUCACCACUACUGGUCUAAACUAUGGAUUCCAAACUCUUUUAGAAGCCUUUCGAAUCGGAAACGUAUUUCGCUUAGGUUAAUCAGUUCAAUGUCUUGGUAGAAAAAACCAACUAAAAAAAAGCUAUCCUCACUAUAGGCGUAUUUAAAUGGUUGUAAAAGUUAUACUUACAAGGCUCGACGUCAAUAUUUAUCUUCGAACAAUGUGCUAGCCACGUGGAGCUUACUUUAUAAAAGCAAAAAAAAAAAUGUCAAGAUUUCCAAUGAUUACUUCGAAGAAAAUGUUCCUUUACAUCAGACCAUUGAAAUGGAUCCACUUAUU